GGUAGCCACCUGGAAGGCUGUUAAAGCCAAGAUGGAGUUAUUGUAAAGUGUCUUGAUCCUCAUCAUUUGUGGGAGUUUCUUGUUUCACCGAUAAACAUUUGUUCUUAUGUCUGUCAUGUUGUUUCAAACAUAUCGAAGCGCCUUUAUCGACGGAUAAACUCGUCUGUCAAGCUACCUUAGCGUGUAAGCUGCCAACAAAGAGACGAGGAAGUAUUUGUUGUUAUUGUGGGAAAAUGUGUCCACUCAGCCAUUAAUUGCUGCCGUUGACGAUAUAUUUGUAUUGUUUGAAAGAACGAUAGCGGAGUACGAGGAGGAAGAGCAAAAGAGGAGAACGAGCAUCAAAUGGAGUCACACAGAGCAGAUUUUCCUUCACAGCAGCUUCAGUGGAGUUCCAGGGUGGAGCGAGAGGAACCACAGUCCCCUCGCAUCAAAGAGGAAGAAGAGGAGCAAGCGUGGACUCAGGAUGAGGGCGACAACAGAAAGCUUCCCGUGAUUUGUGUGAUCGUGAAGACUGAAGAUGACGACGGGGAAGCUCAGUGGUCCCAGCUCGACGACAGUCAAAGCGAGGCGAAGAGAAGUCCAGAAGCAGACAGCCCCUUAGCGCCGCUGUGGGACGGCGAUGACGCAACGUCACACUCGGCCGACACUGAUGAUGAGGACUCUAAAGUGGACACGGACUUUAAAUCCUCUCAAUGUGACAACACUUUUGACAGGAAGAUGACUUUAAAGAGACACACGACGAUCCACGCAGGUAAAAAAACGUUCGGCUGCUCAGCUUGUGGGGAAACAUUCUCUGGAAGGGAACGCCUAAUAGAACACGCCAAAACACACACCGGACAAAAAACCUUUUCUUGCUCAGUCUGCGACAUGAUGUUCAGUUUUCAAUCGACGAUGAUGAGGCACAUGAUCACACACACCGGCGAAAAGGCGUUCACCUGCUCGGUCUGUGGCAAAGGGUUCUCCAGAAAGAUGAAUUUGACGACGCACACGAGAACACACACGGGAGAAAAGCCCUUCGCGUGUUCCGUCUGCGACUCCAGUUUUCGAUUCCAGUCGACGUUGGUUAACCACAUGAGAACGCACAUGGGUGAGAAACCUUUUACCUGCUCAGUCUGCGACAUGAGUUUUAGUGUUCAUUCAUCGUGGCUCAGGCACAUGAGAACGCACACCGGGGAAAAACCAUUUGUGUGCUCGGUUUGCGGCAAAGGUUUCACCCGAAAGGUGAAUUUAAAAGAACACACUAUAACGCACACCGGAGAAAAGCCUUUUUCCUGCUCAGUCUGCAACACGACUUUUAGUUUCUAUUCAUCAAUGUUGAGACACAUGAGAACGCACAGUGAGUAGAACUGAUUCUGCUUGUUAAUUGCUAAUGUAAAAAUGAAUAGAAUUGUUUGUAUUUAAAUAUGAUUUUGAGCAGUAUGGCAUUAAACAGUUGUUAAAAAUCCA